AUGGCUCAAGAUGGCGCCUCUGCGGUCUCCGACAUGGAUCUCAUGAGCGGGAAGCCGGCGUGUGGCAGCGGGGAGGAAGUUGGCGAGUAUGAUCUCGGGCUCCAUGUUGCUGCUCUGUUCCUGGUGCUGGCGGCCUCGAUUUUCGGCGCUGGAUUCCCUGUUGUGGCAAAGAAGGUCAAGUGGGUGAAGGUCCCGAGGAAGACCUUCUUCAUCUGCAAGCAUUUUGGAACGGGCGUCCUGAUUGCGACAGCUUUCGUACAUCUUCUCCCCACGGCUUUCGGAAACCUCCUCGACCCGUGCCUCCCCGACCUCUUCACCGACCAAUAUCCCGCCCUGCCCGGCGUCAUCAUGAUGGCUUCCAUGUUCUGCCUCUUCAUCGUGGAGAUGUGGAUCAACAGCAAGCUGGGCGGCCACACUCACGGCGGCCCCAUGGGUUUCGACUCUGCAGUACCCCCGGCUGGCGGCCAGGUUCAGGUCCACCACAACCGUGGUGCGCCCCCUCCGCGCCCCCCGAGGUACACCAACGCGACCGAUUUUGAGAUCGAUGACAUCGAAGAUGAAAAGAAGGCCGCGCAGAAGAUGUACGACGAGAAGAUGCGCAAGUUCACCCACGGCGCGGAGGACCCCUACAACGGUGACGACAAGGACGAGCUCGAGGCUCGCUCCGAAAUGCCCCCCUGGUUCAUCGUCUUCUACGAGCAAUAUGUCCGCCAACGCCUCGAGAUGAUGAACAUGAUCAAAUCCACGGCCCGUCAGCAACAGCGGCAACAGUACCAAAUCGAGAAUAACACCAGCACCCCUGACAAGCGCCAGACAAUCAUCACCGAAACUGCCCUGGCCGACUCCCCUUACAUCGACGUAGAGACGGGCCAGGCGGUUGAUCCAGCCGUGUUCCGCAAGAUGUCGCUCAACAUCACCCUGCUGGAGGGCGGUAUCCUGUUCCACUCGGUGUUUGUCGGCAUGACGGUCAGCAUCACGAUUGAGGGCUUUAUUGUCCUGUUGAUUGCUAUUCUGUUCCAUCAGAUGUUUGAAGGGCUUGGUCUCGGCUCGCGUAUCGCGGCGGUGCCAUAUCCCAAGGGAAGCAUCCGGCCGUGGGUUUUGGUUGUGGCGUUUGGUACGACCGCGCCGCUGGGUCAGGCGAUUGGGUUGGCUGUGCGGGACUCGUAUGAUCCGAAUAGCGCAUUUGGGUUGAUCAUUGUGGGGAUAUUCAAUGCUAUCUCCUCCGGUCUGCUGCUUUACGCUGCGUUGGUCGAUCUCCUGGCCGAAGACUUCCUGUCCGAGGAAGCCCAGUUGCUCAGCAAAAAGGACCGCAUCACCGCUUUUGUUUUUGUCAUUCUUGGAGCCAUGGGCAUGUCUAUCGUUGGUGCAUUUGCCUAA